UAGCAAACGGUGCGUUCGAGGUUGACUCACGGUCUUAACGUCGCGCGCUCGUACGAACGAUCGCGCUGCCCGCUGCAAUGGGCGAGGAUAAACGUCCGCGCGAGAGCACAACAUGACCUCGUAGCUCUGUGCUGUGGUAGUGCUCAAACGACUGAAAAUUCCACAAGCCUCCGCAUCGUCAGGAGAGUGGGACGCGAACGCGGGAAUCGGCAUCGCGCGACGUUGAAACGGUGACGCGCGACCGAGAGGCUGUCUCGCCUGAUGCUUUAUUCGGGGAACUAUCAAGAAAUGAUGACGUCAUGUGCUGAAACAUAAGCUGUUUUCACCUCGUUUCGUCGUAGCAUCUCGCGAACGCAGAUGCGAGUGUCGGAUUUUUAGGAUCGCAAAUUGCACGCCGGAGCUGUCGCGCUGCCGCGCGCGGCAGACUGAAGAGAGAAAGGAGAAGAAUCCUUCAUUUCGAAGCAAACGCAAAUUUCGCCGAACACGAACUGUGUACAGAUGUAUCGCCGCAGUUUAAUACGCGAAUUUGUGUUGCGCGCAUCAAUACAGUAGUAUUUUGAAUUUAAUUUGUACACACUAAUGUGUUCUUUAACGUGCUCUUUAAUGUGCUCUAUUAGCGUAUCAAUCAUAGACGACAGAACGAAUUAAUCGACCAACGCAAACAGAGGUACAAACCUGACUCUUGUAUCGAAUGCUGUGUAUGUAGAUACAGCAUAUACUGACCGACGAGAAACACUAGUGUAAGAACUGUUAGUUUUGCGCGACGAUGGAUUCGGAAGAGGAAACGAUUUACGACGAUGUCGACUCUGGCAACGAGUCGAGCGGCGACGACGUUGACUUUGCUAUGGAAAUCGAGCCUGGUAAUCCACGUGAACGAGCCACCGAUGUCGAUGACUAUCCCUUCGAGGUGCUCUCCACGGAGGAGAUUGUACAGCAUAUGGUUGACUCUAUAAAGGAAGUCAACACGGUUGUUGAAAUACCAGCAACAACUACGCGUAUUUUACUAAAUCACUUCAAGUGGGAUAAGGAGAAGUUGAUGGAGCGCUUUUAUGAUGGCGAUCAGGAGAAACUUUUCGCUGAAGCACGUGUUAUUAAUCCAUUCAGAAAAGGCCCCUUAAUAAGUAGAAGUCGAUCCGCCCAAAGCUCUUUGUCCAAAAGAACAUCAACAAAUGGCACAGAAGAAUGUGGAAUCUGCUUUAUGAUCCUGCCAUCCUCAAUGAUGACUGGUCUUGAAUGCGGACAUCGUUUUUGUACUGGUUGCUGGGGAGAAUAUUUAACAACUAAAAUCAUGGAGGAGGGAGUUGGACAAACUAUUGCGUGUGCUGCUCAUGCUUGUGACAUCUUAGUAGAUGAUGCCAGUGUUAUGCGACUUGUUAAAGAUUCCAAAGUUAAGCUGAAGUAUCAGCACUUAAUUACCAACAGCUUUGUUGAAUGUAAUAGGUUAUUAAGAUGGUGUCCUUCUCCCGAUUGUAAUAAUGCUGUUAAAGUGCAGUAUGUAGAAUCAAGACCAGUUACUUGCAAAUGUGGACAUACCUUCUGUUUUUAUUGCGGUGAAAACUGGCAUGAUCCUGUAAAAUGCCAUUUACUUCGUAAAUGGAUUAAAAAGUGCGACGACGAUUCUGAAACAUCAAACUGGAUCGCUGCUAACACAAAGGAAUGCCCCAAGUGUAAUGUAACCAUCGAAAAAGAUGGCGGAUGUAACCAUAUGGUUUGCAAGAAUCAAAACUGCAAAACAGAAUUCUGUUGGGUUUGUCUUGGGCCUUGGGAACCACAUGGCUCUAGCUGGUAUAAUUGUAAUCGCUACGAUGAAGAAGAAGCUAAAGUGGCUAGAGAUGCACAGGAAAAGUCCAGAUCAGCUUUGCAAAGAUAUCUAUUUUAUUGCAACAGAUACAUGAAUCACAUGCAGUCAUUAAAAUUUGAGAGUAAACUCUAUGCCAGUGUAAAAGAAAAAAUGGAAGAGAUGCAACAGCAUAACAUGUCAUGGAUUGAGGUACAAUUCUUAAAGAAAGCAGUUGACAUUUUGUGUUCGUGUAGGCAGACUCUUAUGUACACUUACGUUUUUGCUUAUUAUGUGAGAAAGAACAAUCAGUCUGUGAUUUUUGAAGAUAACCAAAAAGAUUUAGAGAGUGCCACCGAAUGUCUCUCCGAAUAUCUUGAAAGGGAUAUCACCAGCGAAAAUCUUGCAGAUAUUAAACAAAAAGUUCAGGAUAAAUAUAGAUACUGCGAUAGUCGAAGGAAAGUGCUUUUAGAACAUGUCUAUGAAGGAUACGAGAAGGAAUGGUGGGACUACAAGGAAUAGAGAAUUUUUACUAGUUUUACUUCUUGGGGUGUGACAUAAAUCCUCUUCCUUCCCACUUCUGCCCCAGCUGUGAUAAACCAAGAAAGCUAACAAGAGAUAGAAUGUCACAAAGUGAUAAAUGUUAUAUGCACUUUGAACAUAUAAUAUGGUUUGUGGCGACACGUAUAACAUCGUUUAUGAUAAAUAUUGAACUCGACCUAUUAAAAUUCAAUCAGAUCAUGAACAAGUUGAUAAUAUUUUAAUUUGCGCUUGCUGUGUACUGUUCAUUAUUGUAGACUCUUAUCCUUGAUAAAAGUAUCCCACUGUUUUAGAUAAUUGUAAGAAUAUUAGUUAUAUUAACACACGAACAAUACGCGUCAUUAUUAGAUUGAGCAAUAUGUUGCGAUACAGAAUGGGAUCUUUGCUACAAAAUCCGUUAUUUUAUUUGACACAUUUCACCAUCUUUUAUCACACAGUAACACAUGAUCUUUUAACUUUUAUUAAUUUUUUUAUCUCAUUACUUUUAAAAAUAGCUGUUUUAGAUGUAAACAUCCCAAAUAAGUUGUAUCUUUGGUAUAACCAAGACGAAUCAUCUUAACUGUUUUGCUCUAUUUUGGACCACAAUACGUCCAGGCUACAACUGCCAAUCUUUAAGAGACACUAAAUUACUAUAUGCGUAUCGUCAGUGCUAUGUAUUCAUGUUUAAUAAUAGAACUUUCUGUUCUUGCUUAUAUGUGUAUUGCUUUGAAAAAACUAAAUAUAUUUAAAUAUAGGACAUUGAAGACUGUGAAAAUAUAAUACAGUCAUUUAUUUAUUUUUUAUCCUAUUUAUAUUUUUAAUUUUUUUUUAUUCAUACAGAAAUUUCUCCAUCGUUCUUUGAAUAAAGUGCUAUUUAGUUACUCAUACUGACGUUGCGCAGUUUAAAGGGGGCCAAGUUUGUGAUAUCUUUGACAUGCACCAUACUCCAUCUUUACAUGUAAAAAUAGAACACUGUUGUCAAAUAUUAUAACAAAAAAAUAACCUUACUAUCACAAGUUUUUGCUGUUAAAAAAUUAUCUAUUUUAUUCGUCUUAAACGCUAAAUUGUCAAGUACUUUUGUCUUAGCUUAUAUUUAAUACAGCUUGCAAUUUUAAACAAAUCUAUUAUGCUACAAAUAAUUUGCAAAUGUAACAUUCUGCUCAACAGUGUGUGUUUUUUUAAAUAUUUGGUAUGGUAGCAUCGAUCAAGGUAACGAUCAUAAGCCUAUAUGAAUUUUGUAAAUAUAUAAUGAUAAAUUUUUAAAUUUCUUUUAAAUGCAUCUUUAAUUUAUAGCUUGAUCAUUGUCUCUUUUAAUUUUUAUCUCCUGACUCUUUUGUUUUAUUUAAUCUGCUUACAAACCAUCUGCAUAACGCUGACGAUAUGUUUUAUAUACCAUUAGCUAACUAAUUAAAGGUUGAUGACUAUAAUGAAAUGAUCACUUAUUGUCAAUAUAAGUGGUAGAUGAAAUGAGUUCCAUUUGUACAGUUAACAUAGUUAUAUAUUCACAUAUAAAUAUAUAAUACUUAAAUAUAGUAAUAUCACAAUAGUAAAAUGAAAAAAAGUAGGAAAUUUUGAAGAUUUAUUAAACGAAAAUUGUUAAUCCUUGCUAUAAUGCACACUAGGGUUCGAGUAAAAGUUAAAAUGCAGUUGUUUUCUGUACAGUCGCAAAAUUUGAUUAGAGAGAUAAGUGUAAGAAAAUUGUUAGAUAUAAUCGUCAAAAGUAUUCUGCUCUAGUUUGUGAUUUCGUAAAUUCUACAUUCAUUUAAUUCGUAAAUUACAACAGCAUAUUCGAAAUCCUCCUUACACGGUACCCAUAUAAAUAAAAGUCGCGAGUAUCUAAAAUUUCUUGUACAUGAAACAAACUUGACUUUGACCGAUGUCUUCGUAUUCGCGAAGAUAUUGUAUGACAUAUGUUAAAAGUUGGAACGUUUAGCUGUGUGUAUCAAGUCAUCAAACAUAUCUGAGAAGGCACUACAACCAGUGAGGCGAGCUUUUAAUUGCAUUUUAGUUGACAUAGAUUGCAAAUUCGUAUCAAGGAUUUCACUAUCCAUUCGAUUUCUCUAUCCAUUCAUAUUGGGUAUAUUCAUGAAUAUUUGAUAAAUAGAAAAACUUACGCGAUAAUAAAAUAAACUAUUUUACUAGUAUAGUAUAGGAAAACUGUGGCUUUACUUUUGUAGUUGUAAAACAAUGUCACUAUCAUCUCCCCAUGAGAUUUCUAUAAACAUAGAAUUCUCAUCAUUGUUAGGUAUCGUCUUUUGUUAACAUUACACACAAAUGCAUAAUAUAUAUUGUAAAUACUACAAUACAUAUAUAUAUACACACACAUACACACAAUGUAAAUCUUAAAGAUUAUAGAUAUUGAUAACCUUACGACAUAUAAAAGUCUGUACGAGAUUUUGAUCCUGAAAAAUAUGACGGUUAAUAUAUUUCCUUGACAGAAAUGUACCCUUCUCUUUUUGGUUAAGAAAUAAAGAAACACAAGUUAUCCCAACACCUUACUAUACAUAAUAUACUCACCAUUAGUCGUGUAUCCAAAAUGUUUAUACGUACAAUUGAAAUUGUUCACAGUCAUGGAAAUCAACAAGCUCGAAAUAUUUUUAAUAAGCAUAUAGAGUGUAGCCUUGUUUAAAUAGGUUAUUUUCAAUAAAAUCAUCAGUGUGCGAAUGAGGUAAAUUAAUAAUUGUGCCACUCGGAAGCUGCUGAUCUGUACACACAUAAUAUCCUACGAGAAAGAACAGCUGGAUUCAGCAGAAACAGCAGCUCAAACACUUUGCGUUGCAUUGCGGAUUUUUCGCUGAACAACAGUUAACGAUUUGUAUUCUUCCAACAUGUCCAUUAAAUGUUUCGGCGUAUUAAAAGUACGCUGACAAAAAUGUCGACCGCUUAAUAAAUAUAUUGAAAAAGUAUAAACCGUUAGUGUAUCGUUCAACAGAAAAUCAUAAUACAGUUGUAAAGCUGCUUUCUCUGUCGAACACAGCCAAUUACAUUACAUUAUUUUACAAAAAAUGUUAACGUAUAAACACACAGUAAACGUAAUGUAAGAACCUACGAGAUUUGUAACCGAAUUAUAGGCGAUUGAACUAGAGGAAUUACCAUCUUGACAACAAAGACCAUUAAGAGAGAUGAGAGAGAUGUAUCGGAAUGUGGAGCUUAGGUAGCUUAUAGCUGGUAGAUCAGUCGCCCAGCAACAUCUUGCACACUCCCGAUAUAUGUUCUCUCUACUCUUCUUACAAUGAUAUUAAAUGUUAAUGUCCUUUUUAUUCUUAGUUAAUUGAUACUUUAGAUUACAUAGAUAUGAUUAAGAGGAUUAUGUUUAUUGCAGUGGGGGAAUGAUAUUUACCUUAUGUGAAGUUAUUACUUUUGAUUAUUUUGCAAAUGUAUAUACAUUAGAAGUACGUCGUUUACAGUAUAGAGACGUCGCGUAAAUAUACACGCGCGUUUACUUGGCGUGAGACACUACCGUGUCUCUUGAUUUCAUAGUAGUUAAGACUGAUCCCCUCUGACAUAUGACAUAAUGCAACAGUAUGUUAAGACUUAUCACUUAUAAUUUAUAAUGACAUUAAAAAUGCUCCUCUAUAUUAAUUCAA